AUGGAAUUGGAGGCCAAUCAAGUGCCACAUGAAAUUAUCUAUGUUGACGAGGCUGGCUUCAACUUGGCGAAAAGGCGUCACCUGAAUCCUAAAGCUGUGGUGUCCAUAAAACCUGAUAAACAUGUGUUCACUUGUGAGAGAGUUACUCUACGAUGUGAUGUAAAUGAGGGAGGAGACACUGAGUGGACAUACAGCUGGUACAGAAAUAAAGACAAAAUCCAUGCGGAGGGAGAUAGAUUCAGUGCAGGCAGCACAAAGCGGGAAGUCAGUAUUAUAUGUAUAAUAAAGGCUGACAGUGGUGACUACACCUGCAGAGGACAAAGUGGCUUUCAGAGCUCAGAGGUCAGUGAUGCUGUUACACUGAGUGUAUCAGAAACACCACAGGCAGUACUGAGUGUAUCUCCACAAAGCUGGGUGACUGAAGGAGACCCAGUGACUCUAAACUGUGAGGUUACAGACUCCUCUACAGGCUGGACAUUCAGCUGGUACAGAGAUGUUCCCUACAGUGACAAUAAUGGACAAGUCAGGUAUAGGGCUGUGCCUCUUCCAGACAGCAGAUCUGAAGGCAAUUACAGUCUCGGUCCUGCUGCUAUUAAACAUACAGGAGUUUACUUAUGCAGAGGAGAGAGAAAAGAUCGAGCCCUUAAGACAUUUUACAGCGAUCUACAGCCACUGUGGAUAACUGGGGAAUCUCCUCCAGUGUCUCUAAUAAUCAAUUCCAACAGAACUGAACACUUCACUGAUGAUUCUCUUUCACUGAGAUGUGAGGACCAGAGUCACUCUACUGGAUGGGUAGUGAGACAUUACACUGAUAAAUGGGGCUUGUCAACUUGCUUUCAAUCAGGAUCAGUUACAGGAUCUGUAUGCAAAAUUAGCUCCCUCUCCACAUCCUACACUGGAGUUUACUGGUGUCAGUCUGAAUUUGGGGAAUCCGGUAAUCCUGUUAACAUUACAGUGCAUGUUUGA